UGCUCUAGCUGGCUUCAAACCGCAAUCCUCAGAUCUUAGCCUCUACAGUACUUAAAGAUUACACGUGUGAGCCACCGGCAUCCGCCUAAGCUCCUGCGUUUUAAUUGCACCCCACGGAAACUGCAAGAACAAUUCGAACAUUUUCCCUCACUCCUCUCCUGAGCCCCCACCCAUCGGCACGACCGUCUCGGGAGUCCUGGCCACCGUCUCGGAGCCCAGCGUCGACCUCGGGCGCCCACCAUCCUUCCCUUGCCUAUCACAGUGCUCUUGAGCCCUUCCCCCUCCCCCCUCCCCCCCCCCCGGCCUCCGUCUGAUUUUUGCAAUCUGUGGAGUGAAUCUUCUCUUUAAACCAAUCCUCCCGUGCAGCCCUCACUUCCUUCCCUCUGAAAUGCCAUUCGGCAAAUACUUAUUAAGCGCCUAUGGCACACAGGCACAGUGAUGGGCCACUGGGAGCGCCCUGCCCCUCACCGCCGCAACGCUCAGCUUCCUCCGCCCGUUCGACCGCUCCCAAGCCCGGGGUCGCAACUCUCCUGACGUAAGGAGGAAUCCGCCAGCUUCGCCCGCCUCCUUCCUAGGACUGGCUCCUCAUUGGUGAGUGUGGAGGUCACUCUGCCAUUUCCCCCGCCCUCCCCAGGUAGACCCGCCCCGUUGGUGGGCGCAGGCUCCUCCCACUCGUUCCCGCCCCUAGCUCGUCGGCUCUGGCUGCUCGCCGGGAGGCGCGCGCGAAGUUCUUGGGCAAAGUGCUGGGAACUGGUCGCGCAGCCGCGGCGCUAUCGCGGCACGAGCCGGGACCUGGAACACAGCGCCUCGCGGCCGGUGCUCCUGGAAGGCUCCCGCCCCGCAGUGCAACCGCGAGUGGCGUCCCUUUACUCCUGUUUCCUGCGGCGGGAGCGAGAACUGUCAGCUGCGCCGUUGCUCUGCUCCGGGACUGGAGAGGUGCGGUCCGGUCUGCCUCCGCUGUGAUCUGGGGUGAAGCCCGGAGCUGGGCACCCGGGAACGAGGCCAGUCUUCUUGCCCCGCGGCCGAGCGCGCAGGAUUUUCACUGAGCCAUCCAUAAUGCAUUGUCAACGUACUGGAUAAGACCUGAAGUGUUUGUUCGUGGACGAUGUCAUAUGCUCAGUCACGCUUCCUGCUGAUGGCAUUUUGACUGCAUCAAGGCCACGUGACACGCUGCCCAGGAUGAGUGAUGAAAAGAACCUUGGAGUGUCCCAAAAAUUGGUAUCCCCUUCAAGAAGCACAAGCAGCUGCUCCUCCAAGCAGGGAAGCCGACAGAUAGACAUUUAGACUCUUUUGUUGGAACAGGACAGCUGGGAAGUGGUGGAAGGACUGAGAGGAGAGAUGAAUUACACCCAGGAGCCACCUGUGCAGAAAGGAUUUCUGCUGAAAAAGAGGAAAUGGCCCUUAAAAGGCUGGCACAAGAGAUUCUUCUACCUGGACAAAGGAAUCUUGAAAUAUGCCAAGAGCCAAACUGAUAUCGAGCGGGAGAAGCUACAUGGCUGCAUUGACGUGGGGCUGUCGGUGAUGUCUGUAAAGAAGUCAUCCAAGUGCAUAGAUCUUGACACAGAGGAGCACAUCUACCACCUAAAGGUGAAGUCAGAAGAAGUCUUUGAUGAGUGGGUGUCCAAACUCCGUCACCACAGAAUGUACCGUCAGAAUGAGAUUGCCAUGUUCCCACGUGAUGUCAAUCAUUUUUUCCCUGGGUCCACUGUCCCAGACUCGACAUCAGGGGUGUUUGACUCCAUUUCCAGCAGGAAGCGUAGCAGUAUAUCAAAGCAGAACUCAUUUCAAACUGGAAGCAAUUUAUCAUUUUCUUGUGGUGGUGAGACACGAGUUCCAUUCUGGCUCCAGUCUUCAGAGGACAUGGAGAAAUGCUCAAAAGACCUGGCACACUGCCAUGCGUAUCUGGUGGAAAUGAGCCAGCUCCUGCAGAGCAUGGAUGUCCUGCAUCGGACAUACUCAGCGCCAGCUAUCAAUGCCAUCCAGGGUGGAGUUUUUGAAAGUCCCAAAAAGGAAAAACGAUCGCAUAGGAGGUGGCGGUCCAGAGCUAUUGGCAAAGAUGCUAAAGGAACACUUCAGGUCCCUAAACCUUUUUCUGGCCCAGUUAGACUCCAUUCCUCCAACCCUAAUUUAUCAACACUCGAUUUUGGAGAAGAGAAAAAUUAUUCUGAUGGCUCUGAAACCUCAUCAGAGUUUUCAAAAAUGCAAGAAGAUCUGUGUCAUGUUGCUCAUAAAGUUUACUUCGCCUUAAGGUCAGCUUUUAAUAGCAUAUCAACGGAGAGAGACAGACUGAAGCAGCUGAUGGAGCAGGACACCUCCUCUUCCCCUUCUGCUCAGGUCAUUGGUCUGAAGCACACACUGUCAUCUGCCCUAGCACAAAACACAGAUCUUAAAGAACGCUUACGCAGAAUCCAUGCUGAAUCUCUGCUCCUCGACCUGCCCGCAGUUCCCAAGUUGGGUGACAAUCUGGCAGAGGAAAACUCCAGAGAUGAAAACCGAGCCCUGGUUCACCAGCUUUCCAAUGAGAGCAGGCUUUCCAUCACUGAUUCCCUUUCAGAGUUUUUUGAUGCACAAGAAGUCUUACUGUCUCCAAGCUCUUCAGAGAAUGAGAUUUCUGAUGAUGAUUCAUAUGUCAGCGAUAUAAGUGACAAUCUCUCUUUAGACAAUCUCAGUAAUGACUUGGAUAAUGAAAGACAGACCUUAGGACCUGUUCUUGAAGGUGGCGGGGAAGCAAGGUCCAAAAGAAGAACAUGCUUGCCGGCACCAGGCCCCAACACCAGCAAUAUCAGCCUGUGGAACAUUCUGAGAAACAACAUAGGCAAGGACUUGUCCAAAGUGGCCAUGCCGGUGGAGCUGAAUGAGCCCCUAAACACAUUACAGAGGCUCUGCGAGGAGCUGGAGUACAGUGAGCUGCUGGACAAAGCUGCCCAGAUUUCCAGCCCCCUGGAAAGGAUGGUAUACGUGGCAGCCUUCGCCAUCUCUGCCUAUGCAUCUAGCUACUUCCGAGCUGGGAGCAAGCCGUUUAAUCCUGUCCUUGGAGAAACAUAUGAAUGUAUUCGAGAGGACAAGGGCUUCCGGUUUUUCUCAGAACAGGUCAGUCACCAUCCACCUAUCUCUGCCUGCCAUGCUGAGUCUGGAAAUUUCGUUUUCUGGCAAGAUGUGAGAUGGAAAAAUAAAUUCUGGGGCAAAUCCAUGGAAAUUGUCCCAAUUGGCACAACCCAUGUGACUCUACCAGCUUUCGGAGAUCAUUUUGAGUGGAACAAAGUGACCUCUUGCAUCCACAACAUUUUAAGUGGUCAGAGGUGGAUUGAGCACUAUGGAGAGAUCAUCAUCAAGAACCUAAACGACGACUCCUGCCACUGCAAAGUGAACUUCAUAAAGGCAAAAUACUGGAGCACUAAUGCCCAUGAGAUUGAAGGCACAGUCUUCGACAGGAGUGGAAAGGCGGUGCACCGGCUGUUUGGGAAAUGGCAUGAGAGCAUCUACUGUGGCGGCUCCUCGUCCUCCACGUGUGUCUGGAGAGCCAAUCCCAUGCCCAAAGGCCAUGAGCAGUAUUAUGGCUUCACACAGUUUGCUCUAGAGUUAAAUGAAAUGGAUCCACCAUCAAAGCCUUUGUUACCACCUACUGACACUCGAUUUAGACCAGAUCAAAGAUUUCUAGAAGAAGGGAACAUAGAGGAAGCUGAAACACAGAAGCAGAGGAUCGAACAGCUCCAGAGAGAGAGGCGGCGGGUCCUAGAAGAAAACAAUGUAGAGCACCAGCCUCGGUUUUUCAGGAAAUCUGAUGAUGACUCUUGGGUAAGCAACGGCACCUAUUUGGAACUUAGAAAAGAUCUUGGUUUUUCUAAACUGGACCAUCCUGUCUUGUGGUGAAAAUAGUAAGAAGAAGAAAGCUAUGUUAGUGAAUGUCUCGUGCAUUUGUUUCUGAAGCAGCUCAAACCUGUGUCUGUAUAUGUAAAAGAUAGUAUCUAGAGUGAUCUUGUGUGCUUUAGCUUGGCAUCGUAAGUAUUUACCCAUGUAUUUUCUUCACUAGUUUUCUUUACAAUGUCAAAUGGUGUCAUGAUUUCAUGAUUGUUUAUAUGAAUGUAACACACUAGUAUUUCUUUUUAUAUGUAAACUAUUUAAUAAAAAUUAAAGAUUGAAUAUUCAUUUGUGGGUUAAAAAAAGAAGCUUUACCACUGAUUUUCCAAAGGAUAGAAAGAUUCCAGUUAAGUAUAUGCCUUAUAAAAUUAUGUUGGGGGAAAGAAAAAAAUUAACA